AUUCCAUAAUUACAUGCGGUCCCAUGACAGGUUGUCCGAAAAUAACUGUCCCAACUGUCUCAAUAAUUUCCUCUUUGGGAAAAAUCGUAUUGGAUCAGACUGACCGACUUUACGACGGGGAUCACCAUGAACAGGCUGGCAGUCAUCGGAAGUGGAAUUUCAGGAGCUGUAUGCGCGUCGCAGUUAGCUGGUAAAUAUGGCGUUUCGGUGACUAUUUUCGACUCUGCUAGAGGCCCUGGUGGUCGCAUGUCCGGGAGAAGAGAGACUACUGAGGAUGGGAAGGAACUGGUAUUUGAUCAUGGUGCUCCUUACUUCACUGCUACUAAUGCUGAUGUGCAUCGUGUUGUUGCGGAUUGGGAAGCAAGGGGUCUUGUUGCUGAAUGGAAGGAGAGUUUCGGAUCUUUUGAUUUUAUCUCCAGAACAUUUUCAGACUAUGAAAAGGAUGGAUCAUGCAAGAAAUUUGUCGGCACCCCAAAAAUGAAUUCUAUUUGUAGAGCAUUAGUCUCUGAGCCAGGAGUGGAAACUAAAUUUGGGGCAGGUGUUGGGCGAUUAGAAUGGUUGGAAGACGAGGGCUCCUGGUCCUUGAAUGGAAUGGAUGGACAAAAUCUUGGACACUUUAAGGGAGUGAUAGCAUCUGAUAAAAAUGUUUUCUCUCCGAGGUUUACAGACUUAACAGGACGACCACCUCCUCUUGACCUGCAUCUGGUUCCAGAAUUAGCUUCAAAGAUCAAAGAAAUUCCUGUCGAUCCAUGUUUUGCUCUUAUGUUGGCCUUUGAAGAACCAUUAUCUUCGAUUCCAUUGAAAGGAUUCUCGAUCUUAAACUCUAAAGUUCUGAGCAGGGCGUACUAUGAUAGUAGCAAGCCAGGGCGUUCUAGACAAAGUGAGAACUGGGUAUUGCAUUCUACUGCAGAAUAUGCAGAGAAUCUUAUAGCUCAAACAGGACUUCAGAAGCUCCCAGCUGCCACUUUAGACAAAGUAGCUGAAGAGCUCUUUCAAGAAUUCCAGAACAUGGGGCUUAGCAUUCCUCGGCCCUUCUUCAAAAAAGCACAUAGAUGGGGUGCUGCUUUUCCGGCUGCAAGCAUUUCAGAAGAGGAGAAAUGCCUUUGGGAUGGGAAAAAGAAGUUGGCGAUAUGCGGGGAUUUCUGUGUCAGUCCUAAUGUAGAAGGCGCAAUCUUAAGCGGCCUGGCUGCAGCAUCGAAGUUCAAUGAUAUCUUCAGCUCCUUGUGAUCAUACUGCCAGCUUACCUCUUAAGAAUUCAAACAUGACCAUCUUUUGGUACUUAAUUUGAGACUGCUUGAGCUUCACCAUGCAUAUGUUCUGCUUCCUUGUUAAAUGAGCAGACCCUUCAUUUUUACACGCUUUAUAUAAGAUAAUUCGGAUCAAAACAUGUAUACUAAUAGUAAAUUUACUGGAAGAAAAUAAACUGCUCGAUUUCGACUA